CAUACCUCCGCGUCUUUUCAAAGAGAAGAACAACAACAAACGAUAGAAAUUUAAAAGAAAAAAGAUUGAGCUCCGCAGAGUUGACAAGGUGUGGACGAUAAUAAAAAACUACUAAACAGAAUCCGGUCUGCUGCCAUGGACAGUGUGAAGAUGGAAUCUGUCCAGAUUAAAGAGGAGUUCCCUGAACUUGAACUUGUCCCCAUUAGAGUGGAGUUCUCUGGGCUGGCUUCCCUCCCCAUUAAACAGGAGCUCUGUGAGAUGCAAUGUGACAGCAGUCAGCCAGAGGUCUCUGACAUUAAAGCUGAGCACAAUGAAUUGGAGAUCCCCCAGAUGGAAGAAUCCCUUCCUGUGAAACAAGAAGAGGUUCUGGAAACUGUCCGUAUUAAACAGGAGCCCCCUGAAGUAGAGUUUGACGACAUGGAACCAGUGAAGGAAGAAUCUGAGGACUUCAAACCAAACAUCCUUGAGCAGGAGCCUGUACGCCUGCGGGAGUGUAGUGUGGUGCUGGAGAGAAUCUGCGUGAGAGAGCAAGGCGCUGGAGAGGAAGGCUCUCCUAACAGCACGCAAGGAGGUGGAAAGGAAGACGGGCGCUCCCAUUCAGAAUGCAGUCUAGCAGGUUCCAGUCCAGCAGCUAAAGCGAGGGCGGGCGGUAGAGAAUAUCCUGACUGUGGGAAAGGUUUCACCCAGUUAGGAAACCUGAAAACACACCAGCGAAUUCACACAGGAGAGAAACUGUAUCGCUGCUGUGACUGUGGGAAGCGUUUCAGUGGUUCAGGAACCCUUAUAAGACACCAGCGAAUUCACACAGGAGAGAAACCGUAUUGCUGCUCUGACUGUGGGAAGCGUUUCAGAGAAAGAGGAACCCUGACAAAACAUCAGCGAAUUCACACAGGAGAGAAACCGUAUUGCUGCUCUGACUGUGGGAAGAGUUUCAUUCAGUCAGAACAUCUGAAAAGACACCAGCGAAUUCACACUGGAGAGAAACCAUUUUGCUGCUCUGACUGUGGGAUGAGUUUCAGUUACAGAGGAGCCCUGAAAGCACACCAGCAAAUUCAUCUAGGAUAUAGCCUGUAUUGCUGCUCUGACUGUGGGAAGAGUUUCAGAGAAAGAGGAACCCUGACAAAACAUCAGCGAAUUCACACAGGAGAGAAACCGUAUUGCUGCUCUGACUGUGGGAAGAGUUUCAUUCAGUUAGAUCAUCUGAAAACACACCAGCGAAUUCACACAGGAGAGAAACUGUAUUGCUGCUCUGACUGUGGGAAGAGUUUCAUUCAGUCACAUCAUCUGAAAAGACACCAGCGAAUUCACACUGGAGAGAAACCAUUUUGCUGCUCUGACUGUGGGAUGAGUUUCAGUUACAGAGGAGCCCUGAAAGCACACCAGCAAAUUCAUCUAGGAUAUAGCCUGUAUUGCUGCUCUGACUGUGGGAAGAGUUUCAGUCACUUAGGAAACCUGAAAACACACCAGAGAAUUCACACAGGAGAGAAACCGUAUUGCUGCUCUCACUGUGGGAAGAGUUUCAGUCAGUCAGGAGCCUUGAAAAAACACCAGCGAAUUCACACUAGAGAGAAACCAUAUAUCUGCUCUGACUGUGGAAAGAGUUUCAGCCACACAGAAUCCCUGAAAACACACCAGCGAAUUCAUACAGGAGAGAAACCGUAUAUCUGCUCUGACGUGGGAAGAGUUUCAGUCACACAGUAUCCCUGAAAACACACCAGCGAAUUCACACAGGAGAGAAACCGUAUUGCUGCUCUCACUGUGGAAAGAGUUUCCGUACUAAAAAUGACCUUCGAGUACACCAACGAACUCAUACAGGAGAGAAACCGUAUUGGUGCUCUGACUGUGGCAAGCACUUCCGUCAGGCAGGAGCUCUGAAAUCACACCAGAGACGAAGCCCAUGUUCAUUCAGAUCGAAACCUUAACCUUUCAUUAUGAGUCCCUGUGUAAUUUACUGUUUUGUGUAUCGCUCUAGAGCUUGAGAUUUAAAUGGUCAAAAUGCUGUUCAGCUCUCUUGCACUCUGAUUGUGUUAGAAAGUGGGCGGAGACGCGGACGCGUCACAAGAGGCUUCUCUGCUGUCAGUUUAACUCAGGCUGUCAAUGCAGUCAGUGCCUGGGAGCGGGAAUAUGCAGAAAGGAAACUAUUCUGCACCUCAUCUGAUGGACGAGUCAGGAGAAAUUGAUAACUCAGUGUGGGGAAUGAGUUUCAGGGUUUAGCAUUUAAACUGCAUAGACUUGAAAAUAAAUACAUUGAUGGGAACGAGUAUCCCGACCCCGGUAUGUAGCAUCCCAGAGACAAGACUGCACCGUCCUUACUGGACAACCGCCUGGAGGGUUUGUCUUGUACAUUUUGUCACGUUUCUAGAAUAAAUGAAUCACAUCAAUGAUUGAAUAUUUUGCAAUGUGCAUUGUCCAUGCUUUUAUUUUACACUGCUUUUGUAAACUGCAUCAUAUAAUACAAGUGUAGCACGCAUGUGUACGGGUCAUAGGUACAGAAACUCAGACAGGUUUUAUCCCGGCGCUUUCUUGCUCUUUUGCAGAGUUGGACCUUAAGAGUAGUUAAAGGGAUGAUUGUGUGGCACCUGCAGAUUUACAAGGGAGUGGAGAAAUGUGUAACAUUGUAGAGCUGACCAGGAAUAGGCCCCGGUAGCCAUGGCGACUUGAGGUGAAAUGGCCUGAUCACCAUAGUAACACCAAUAUGUAUUGGGGGAGAACGCCUCUCCCGAAUUCCUGAGCUUUGGAGGCCCUGAAUAAACAAGAUCGGGUUGCACCAGGACUCCAAGGUGAGAGGUUGAAGAUGAAUAAUCCUUUGUGCUAGGGUUAGGUUUUCAUUUAGAAGAGAGAGCUACGGGUAACAGCCUUACGAGAGCUCUUCCCAAUAUUCAACAGGAACACCCCAUAGUUUGAUCAACAUUGUAAGAAACUUAAAUAAAUCAAAAGGACAUAAAGAGAAACUCGACCAACUGGGUUGCAAUCGAAGAAAGGAAAAGUCAACGAAUGUUGAACCAAUAAUGAAUGAACUGAUUCAGCCUGCUGCCACUGGUCAAAUUUACAGCAAGAGUUUUCCAAUCCACUGAGCGAGUCUGGGUUGUGUGACCAGGAAUACAAGCAAAUCCUACAGGCCUCUGACGCUGGGAAAUUGAACCACAGACAUAAUACAUGUAACGGUGUUCAGUUUAAGGGUCGUGGAUUCUAACUGAAGGAUGUAUAAUUAAACAACAGAUUGCUAAAGAAUGAAUUACGAUUUCGUAAUAUCCUAUUAGAAUUUACUGAGUUUAUUGUUCUUUCCUGACUCAUAUAUAUUGAAACAAUUCUAACUUGCAUCGAUUGCAAGACAAAGGAAACUUCUGGAGUGGAAAUGUAGCUGUGCUGGACAGCAGCUGGAAUCGAGUUCAAAACCAGUAUAAAUAUGAGUAGUGUUAGAGCUCUUGUGAGAGCAGAGAAAGAAUAGAACACUGCACCCCUCUGCAUCUCCAAGUAAGAGAGUGCAUGUCAAUACCUCCCUGCAUUGCUUGCUGUUCCCUGUUUAAUAAAGCAUUGGUAUUAAACUCUUGUAUUGAGUGCAUCAUUCUGUGUUAACCCAUUCCAGAGACUCAGCCCCAAGUGUUUAGUUUAGGCUCAAACUUCUUCCACACAUUGUAAUUGUUAGAUAAACAGAAUACCACUUAUGUAAUCACAGAAGGGUUUUGUCCACUGGAGUUAGGAUAUGUUGCAGUUGAGCUGCAAUGACUCAUGCUGGAGGCUCAUUGCAACAUUAUUAACAUAUGAAUGCAGUGUCCAGUGUAAUAAGAGAUUAGAGAAGACUGUUGCUAGACUGUUGUAGUGUUUUAUUAUGAUGAUGAUGAUGAUGAUGAUGUCAGUGCUCUGUGCAGUAAAGGGUUACCUGGAGGUGUUUUGUGCAACCGGUCCCUGGUUUUCAUGAAUUGUGACUGAUGACAUUUAGAAUGAAUUAAAAACACACAAAACAAA